UUUAAUUUCCACAUAUUUUAAUGAGCAAAGAAGUUGCAUAGAUCAACCAUCGAUCUAUAUAAAAAGGGAAGUUCUCAAGUGUAUAAGGUACAAGAGAGGAGAAACUUCCAUAUAUCCAAACAAGUCAUAAUCUAGCUAUAGCAAUUGUAAAUGGCAAAAUCCUCCUCCUCCUCCUCUACCAAACCUAAACAAACACACGAGGUAUUCCUUAGCUUCAGAGGCGAGGAUACUCGUAAAACAUUCACAAGCCAUCUCAAUAGUGCAUUAAGAAGGUUAGAUAUCAAGACUUACAUAGAUGACAAUUUAGAAAGAGGGGAUGAAAUAUCACAAGCGCUUCUCAAGGCGAUCGAUGAAGCAAAACUUUCUGUGAUUGUUUUUUCGAAAAACUAUGCAACUUCAAAAUGGUGUUUGGAUGAAGUUGUGAAGAUACUCGAGUGUAGAAAAAACAAAGGGCAAAUUAUACUUCCAGUUUUCUAUGAAGUUGAUCCUUUCCAUGUUCGACACCAAUUAGGAAGUUAUGCCGAGGCAUUUGUUAAGCAUGAGCAGCGUUUUGGAAGUACAAUGAAUAUUGUGCAAAAAUGGAGGGAUGCUUUGGGAGAAGCAGCCAACCAUUCAGGGUGGGAUUGCUCCAUCAACAGAACAGAAGCUGAACUUGUUGAGGAAAUUGCGAUGGAUGUGCUGCAAAAGUUGAAUCGUGUUUAUGUUGGUGACUUGGAUCAUCAAAUUACUAAACUAGAGCAACUUGCACAACUUCAGCUUCAAUAUUAUAAAAGCAUAGAUACUUACGAAAAUCAAGUAAGUCAUGAGGCAACGGUUCAACGCAUAACUGAACUUAAGAUGAAGAGAAGCAUCCGCAUGCUUCGUUUGACACGUGAGGUGCUUUCAUACAUGGAAGAUUCAGAAGCUUAUGAAAAACUAUUUUAGUUGCAUUAUAGAUGUGCUUCUUCUUUUAGAUGUUUAUCAAUGUAUGUGUUACAAGUAAACUCUUAAAUUUUUGUUGAGGCAUACUAUACGUUUGUCUGUUGCUACAAAACAGAGUUAAUCUGACAUGUGCCAAUAUGGUUUCGGUGUCGGACACCGAACAUGACGUCAAUCUUAAAUGUCCGUCCUACAAAAUAAAUGAAUAAGCAUCUGACAUUUCAAUCCUUAUAAGAA